AUGUGCACCCACGGCCGCGUCGUCUUCAGCUGCGCCCACGAGCGUUGGGGUCUCUGCGUCAAGCAAUGUCAAAUUGCACAAGACUUCUGCGAGAGAAAAGAGGAGUUCGACUGCAUGUACAAAAGACCUCACGUACCUACGUCGCGAAGAUUGGAGAGGAAGUGCAACGAGUGUAUCGUGAUGGAUGAUAAACUUGCCAGGGCGAAGAAGCUUGUUGGACGCAUUAGGUGGAUCUUGGAGAUAACCGAGGAGGAGAAGAUUGUUGAUGGAGAAGAGAAUGGAUUUGCAAAAGAAAACGUGGUGGAGAGUGAAGAGGAGAGUUUGGUUUCCAAGCCUGAGACAGAUAUUAUCAGUGAGGAGACUGGAGAAUCUGAGGAGGGAGAUGGACUGAAGUAA